CGGCUGGUCUGCGAGAAAGGUCUUAGCGACCUAAAGCGCUCGCUUGAGGCUCGGCGCUGCUCGAUUUCAAAUUAUUAAGCUGUCCACUGCCCUCCGUGAGCUGCGCGCGCCCAGCUUAGCCCAGAUCUCGCUGUCAGUUUGCGCAGCGCCAGGUCAAAUCGCACAGCUCGCGGUACACAUAUUUGUACAGCGCCACGGCUCAAAGCGCACAGCGCUGACGCCGCCGACGCGUCAGGUUCUCGCAGCGUACAACCGCAGAAGCGCACACGCCGCCGACGCGUCAAGACAUGGCGCCCAAGAAGAAGGCCAAGACCGCCGCGCCGCCGUUAGCCUGCUUCGCCGGUGCGAAAAUCACGGUCAUCGGCGCCAACCCGUUCCAGCGCAAGCUCUGGGAGGCGAAGAUCGGCGCCGGCGCCGCGUUCCUCAAGCCGUCGCAAGCCGCCUCGCUCAAGGAAGGCAACGACUUCGUCGUGAUCGCCGCGGAGAACGUCGACCCCGCGACCGUGCGGGCCAAGGCCGGCGCCGCGCAGCUCGUCGGCGACCGCUGGCUCACGGACUCGAUCGCGCGCAACGAGCGCCAGAACGCCGCGGCCCACGCCUGGGGCGCCGUCGAGGAACGACCGGAGGAGGCCGCGCCGGCGCGGCGGUCCGACGUCCUGCCCAAGUUCGGUUGCCAGCGCAAGAUUACAAAAGCAGAUGAUCAAAAUAAACAACUCACGGGCUGGCUCAAGCAGCAGCUCGAGUGGUGGCAGAACGGGUGUAUAGAGGGCGACGCGAGCCAGCACACGGCCGUCGGCCUCACGUACAAGGUCAUCGCGUUAAUUCGGUCGUGGCCCACCAAAAUCACGCCGGAGAACUGGGAGGACCAGCGCAUGCUCCUCGCGAAGCAGCACUUCAUGUCCGGGCGGUCGUCGAGCGCGAACGGCGGCUGGCUCGCCUACCUCGAGCAGCUCGUGACCGGCGGCCUGCCCGCCUUGCAACGCGUCGACGCGUUCACGUUCUGGGAGAAAGAUCCGGUUCGUGUGGCCGUAAAAGAGAUCACGGAGAUGUGCGAAGCCGCGUCCAGUCGUCUUCGUUCGGAUGGGGUGACGGAUUGCUCGCCGCAGGCACAUGGGCAUCACCAAAAAACAGAUGGAGGCCCUCGCGCGGAAGCACGGCGUCCGGGGCGCCCGCCUGUGUGGAAAUCAACCAGUGCGUCGGGUGCAUGCCAUCGAGCAGGCAUCGCGUCGAUGGCGUGGAGGUCGACGCGACGAUUCAGCACGAACGUGCCGUAAAAUUUUGAUUUCCACACAGGCGCCCGCGACCUGGUCGACCGGCGCCGCGAGCUGCCCAUCUCUGAUGUGUUGAGGCGGAAGUUGGAAUUGGCUCCAUGCGGCUCCGACGCAUACCCGAACUCGCACAUCCCCAUGGACGUGCAGGAGACGAAGCAGAUUCACGGCAUCCUCGAAAGCGCCGCGCGCUUCAUCGGGCUUCACAUGACCGUCGUGGGCAGCUGGCGCCGCGGAAAAGUCGGUGGCCACGACGUCGACGUGAUCAUCCACGCGCCAUUAGAUGGGCCGCUCAUCGACGCGCGCGCCUACGCGUUCGAGUCUCCGACGGGGCUGGGCAACGAACUCAUGGCGCGAUUCUUCAAGGCGGUUGACCAGUUUGGACCGCCGGGCUUUCUCCAUCCGCACCGCUCCAGCGGAGGCGAGAUCUUUGGGAACGCGGGCGGCCGGUUACCCAAGUUGAAUACGAAGCACGCUUUCUGCCUCUCGCCGAAGGUGCACGGAGCCGUACCGCGCCCGCGUCCGAAUCAUUGCGUCGCCUCCCUUCGCCGUCGACGCGGCGUCGUCCCUUGAUCACGUCUGCUGCCGCAGGUCCGCCGGCUGGACAUCAUCCUCGCCCCGACGGAUAUUUAUGCCCAUGCCGUCAUCGGCUGGUCCGGGAGCACGGGCUUCCAGCGGUCGCUGGCCGAGUACGCCAAGAAGGCUCACGAGGGCAAUUGGAAGCACGUGCCCGAUCAAAAACCGAUUGUGGGUCGCGCGGGCUGGGAGCUCUCGCCGACGGGCGAGAAGGUGCGGCGGGUGGAAGGGCGCGAGCUGGGUCCCGGCGAGCACUGGGCCUGGGGCAAGCACGGCAUCUACAUCGCGGAGGGGUCGCGGCACGACGAGCGCACGGACGUCUACGUCGAGGACAACGCGUCGCUGCGCACGGAGAAGGACGUGUUCGAGUUCUUCCACCUCGAGUACUUGGAGCCGCGGGAGCGGGAGUGCUGAGAGGUGGCGUCGCGGGAGCGGGAGUGCUGAGAGGUGGCGUCGCGGGAGCGGGAGUGCUGAGAGGUGGCG